AGUCAGGGAGGUGUAACAGGAGAAGACAAAGUUUUUAAAGUAGCCAUUCGCGAUAUAAUGUCUCUGCUGAAGUACAGUAAAACAUGGCCCUCGAUUCUGACCAAAAUGGCGGUUGUUCAGCUGCGUGUUGAUUCUAACGGGAGAACCUAUAGCUCAAUAGUGGAACCGGCGUGCCUAACCGGGCCGACGAAUCUAGUCGAAUCAAAUCCCAACUUCCGGAUGGGGCAUCCGCAGAUUUUGAUUCAGACUCCGGGGGAAACCCAGAUGUCCCUGCCGGAUGUGGCGAAUGUGGGGGAAGUGAAAUUAUCGGGUGCAAGUGUCAAUCAGUGCAUAUGUGGUAAUGCUAGUGCUGGUGUAACUGUGCGUUUGGAAGAAGAAGAUCACUUUCGACGGCCUUUUCGGUCGGCGUCGAUCAAGAUCGAUAGCUGGGAUUACAUCUACACGGAGAAGAUAGGCACCAAAGCGGUAGGAAGCAAUGGCGUUAGCGCACCUGCAGAAAUUCCGUGCGGUGAUCAUGGCUGCAUAACCGGCCAGGCUGCUCUGAAAGCGUCCACCCUGCGGAGACACUACUACCCGGAGGGUGAUUGGGGUUGGGUGAUCGUGUUUGUCGGAAUGCUUAGCGUAAUACUGAAUCACGGAGUGCAAAUAUCUGGCCCCCUCUAUCUUCUUCCAGCUGGCGAACGCUUCAAGCAGAGUGCUGUCAACAGUACAGGCUGGCUCGGAGCACUCUCCACGGCGGUAGCCCUCUUCAUCUCACCCAUCACGAUAGCGGUGUGCAAGCGGAAGUCCACUCGCCUCACGGCGGUCAUCGGCGGACUUGUAACCGCACUGGGCUGUCUGUUCACCUCGUUCGCAUCGCAGUUUCAUCAACUUUUCUUCAGUUAUGGUGCCGUCGUUGGCGUAGGGGUCGGUAUGACCCGGGACUGCUCGACGCUGAUGGUGGCGCAGUAUUUUAAGAGACGGCGAGAAUUUGUCGAAAUAUUUAUAGUGUCCGGAAGUGGACUAGGAAUAGCUGUUAUGUCAACUUUCAUUAAAUCAGCCAUCGAUGCCAUUGGGUGGCGUUUGGGACUGCAGGCGGUUACGGGGACUGUGUUCAUAACGUUCAUCCUUGGAACGUGUUAUCGAAGUGCGUCCCUGUAUCACCCUCAGAGGAGAGCAAUUCUGCAUCUGAAGAACCAAAAGCGAAAGAUCAAAGACAAAAACAAACAUGACGAUGGACCGCCGUUUUUCGAUUUUAGCACGCUGCGUAGCAAAACCGUACGGAUACUGCUGGUGUCUACGGGGAUAAGCGCUUUUGGAAUCAACACUCCGAUCUUCUACCUCGCGCAUCAGGUCGAGCAAGACGGAAUCAGCGACAAGGUGAUGAUUCUUCAGGUUUAUCUGGGCUUGGCGUGGACGUUGGGCUGCGCAGCGUUUGGAAUGCUAGUCGUUAGAAAUAGUGUCGAGUGUCGCAUAGCGCGACAAUAUCUAUGCCAAACAGCAACCUUCAUGUGUGGACUAUGUAUUCUGGCCCUGACGGCAGUUCACGGAAACUAUCAUGGAUAUGUGAUGUUUGUGUGGAUUUAUGGGAUCUUCUGCGGCGGGUAUCAUUACUCGUUGAAAAUGUAUACCUACGAGAAGGUGCGAGCGCGAAACUUUGCCCGAGCCUGGGGUUUCGUACAGUUUUCGCAAGCCAUACCCAUAGCGCUGGGAGUACCAUUAUCCGGUUAUAUGAACGUUGGAGGAUCGGGCAAGGCAGGCUACUACUUCAGUUCGGCGUGUGCUCUGAUCGGCAGUUUGUUUAUGUUCCUGAUUGAUUUGCACCGAAGAAACGUAUCUAGACAUAAGCAUACCAGGGCAAACGGAACACGUCAACUGUGCGUUUCGGAAACAUGUCCUCAACGAAGGAAGCUCUCGUUCUCGCAAGAACCGGACAACGAACCAGGUAUCAUCACCGGCAACACUGCAAUGAUGAUCGGCCCGGAAUUGCUGAUACCACAGCUAAGCGAUGGAAUGGCCGAACCAGCUAACGGGAUCGACAAACCAGAACUGACCUGCAUCUCCGAGGAGGGCAUCGCCGAUAUGGACCUCCCCGAUAACCUUCUGGAUGAUCUAGACUACGUAGGAGACUGUAUUACAUCGUGCAACAAGGUCGAAAACUACCUAAUGCUAAGCGAAUUUGAAAAUAAUCUGAGUGCCGAAGUUCCUAUCCUGCUGGACAAGCGUGGUCGAAAACUUUCAGUGUCCAAAACGAAAGCUCUGCUCGCUAGCCAGCUAAAUUUUAAACAUCAUCCGGACUGUGCCCUGGAGCAGCAAGCCCACGCAAGACACGCUCCAAUUUCACCCAUCAUUGAACAUGAAGAUACCUCGGAGAAAGACCAUCUUGGAAAUAGCCAUCAUCAUCAACAUCAUCAUCAUCCGAAUCUUCAUCCCGAUGGUGGAGGAGGGAAUGGGAAAGCCUCGUUGAAGGGCGAUAAUCACACUAAUGGCGGCAAGCAUUGUCGAUUGAGCCAUAAUUGGCGUCCAAAUCAGCAAGCCGGGACGUUUCUUAGCAAUCGUGCUAUAUCUGUGAUCGACGAGGCAUCCGUGUAGAAAUCAAGGGUUUGAUAGAGUGUCACAUUACUUUGUUAAGCUUGCAUUCGUUAAUAUGUGGUUGUUAUAAAUUUGUUUUUUUUUUGUUAGAAUGAAAUUUAUUUAACAAAUUUGAACACAAAAUAAAAAUCUGGGACUGAAUAGGUUUAAAUCGUACCUGAUGUGAUUGAAAUGAAGAAAAGGCAUUUUCUAACGCAUGUGAAAAAGAUUUAAAAGGAUAAGAACAAUACGCUUAGCAGAGUAUAUUAGAACAGAAGAGCGUGAUUCAAGCGGAAUGUUUUCUACUCUAACACUAUUAGGUACCGCCAUGCGAGUCUCUCCCCUUCAAACCCUUGUCUGUCUGCACAUUCUGUAAAUUUGAAUCUAAGUCGGUCGUAGGAAUAUGAGCAACUACCAAAUCUGAAACGGUCACUGCCUAAACGACUACGAUAACAGAAAGUCACUAAAUGCAUUUACUUACAAACCUCAAAAGCAAAACAUAAUUAUCCACUUAUAUCCUCAUUAACUAGAGUCAAUGAAAAUCUACACUGAACCAUUUUAUCAGCUCUUUGUAAAUAGUUACAGUUUGUGAACAA